AUAACCGAUGAGAGUUUCUUGACGGGGGAGGCGGUGCCCAUUUGCAAAGGGAUUGGAUCGAUUGUGUACUCUGGAACUAAAGUCAUAAAGUCCACGUCUUCUUCUGUCUCGUUGAAUAACACAAAGCUUGAGAAGUUGGUAAGAGUUAAGAAUCUUACAAAAAAAUCCGAAAUCCCAGGAUACUCAUUCUCCAUUGCCUCUUCCCAUUCGGUAUUUGAUGACAUCGCUUUAGGAAUUGUAAUUAAAAUCGGAAAGCAAACCAGACGAAAUAAGCUGAUGUGUAGUUUGGCAGUGAAAAAACCAUCUAAUAACGAGCUGAAUGAAAAAAGCAUCGAGGUAGUGAAGUAUUUAAUACUUGGUGCGGUAUUUCUAAUGCUAUCAUUCAUUGUAUACUUUCUUCCAAGAAUUCCCCUUGCCACUAAUCUUGAAUUUUCUGUGGAUGUAGCACUAACUUUUUUCAGCCCUGCGCUUUAUACCUGCUUGCAAAUAGGAGCUCAA